AUGAGUGUGGAUCUGGUGGCUUCGAACACACAUGGCAAUCUGGACGAGCAGAUUUCGCAGCUCAUGCAGUGCAAACCCUUGUCCGAGCCCGAGGUUAGGGGAUUAUGUGAGAAGGCUAAAGAGAUUUUAAUGGAAGAAAGUAAUGUUCAGCCUGUAAAGAGCCCUGUGACCAUUUGUGGUGACAUUCAUGGGCAAUUUCACGAUCUAGCUGAACUUUUUCGGAUUGGAGGNUACAUAUAUCCUGUAAAGAGCCCUGUGACCAUUUGUGGUGACAUUCAUGGGCAAUUUCACGAUCUAGCUGAACUUUUUCGGAUUGGAGGGAAGUGUCCAGAUACAAACUACUUAUUUAUGGGAGAUUAUGUGGAUCGGGGUUACUAUUCAGUUGAAACUGUCACACUCCUGGUGGCCUUGAAAGUACGUUAUCCGCAGCGGAUUACAAUCCUUAGGGGAAAUCAUGAGAGUCGACAGCCUGUAAAGAGCCCUGUGACCAUUUGUGGUGACAUUCAUGGGCAAUUUCACGAUCUAGCUGAACUUUUUCGGAUUGGAGGGAAGUCUGGUUGUCGACUCCUGGCUUGGGUGUUCGCUGGUCUGGUCUUCGAUUCCUGGCCUGGUUGUUCUUUAGCCUUCGAUGACGACUCCUGGGUGUUCUCUGUUCUUCCAUCUAAGCUACCUCUCUAUUCAUCCAUCGAAGCUGCCUUCUUCUUCUUCUUCUUCUCCUCUCUCUCUAUCUCCGGCACCGGCAUCGCCUCUCGCCUCUUCUCUCUGUCUCUGUGUUCGUUUGUGGGUUUUACAGACGACGUUGUGUUCUUCGGUGUAGUUCAUCAGAAUAAUGGGACAACUGAUGUCAGUGGCCUGUGUCCAGAUACAAACUACUUAUUUAUGGGAGAUUAUGUGGAUCGGGGUUACUAUUCAGUUGAAACUGUCACACUCCUGGUGGCCUUGAAAGUACGUUAUCCGCAGCGGAUUACAAUCCUUAGGGGAAAUCAUGAGAGUCGACAGAUUACACAAGUCUAUGGGUUUUAUGAUGAAUGCCUACGAAAGUACGGCAAUGCUAAUGUCUGGAAGAUAUUUACGGAUCUUUUUGAUUAUUUCCCAUUAACUGCUUUGGUUGAAUCCGAAAUAUUUUGUCUGCACGGUGGAUUGUCCCCAUCCAUUGAAACCCUUGAUAAUAUAAGAAACUUUGAUCGUGUUCAAGAAGUUCCACAUGAGGGCCCCAUGUGUGACCUGUUAUGGUCUGAUCCAGAUGAUCGUUGUGGCUGGGGAAUCUCUCCCCGUGGUGCAGGAUACACUUUUGGCCAGGACAUAUCUGAGCAAUUCAAUCAUACCAACAAUCUAAAGCUGAUUGCUAGAGCUCAUCAGCUGGUUAUGGAGGGAUUUAACUGGGGACAUGAACAAAAGGUCGUCACUAUUUUUAGUGCGCCCAAUUACUGUUACCGUUGCGGAAACAUGGCAUCUAUACUGGAAGUUGAUGAUUGCAAAGAGCACACAUUUAUCCAGUUUGAGCCAGCUCCAAGGAGAGGAGAACCUGAUGUAACCCGGAGAACGCCUGAUUAUUUCCUAUAAUCACUUGCUUGAGUUGCUGGCCUGUGACGUCUGCAUGGUGGUUGGCUUAAGAUGGGUCACGGAUAUUAGACAAUUAUCUCAAGCUACUAUGCUUGUUGCUUUAUGGUGGGACUUCCAAUAGGUAUGCAAAAUUGGCAGCGAAGGCCCGUGUUGGUAUUAAGUCAUGUUCUAACCUAUUUUAGGUUCCCAGGAUGGAGGCAGUGGAGCUGGGGAUGGUUUAAUGUACCAUUUUAUUCAAACUUCUUUUCAUCCGUUUUCAUUUUAACUAGAUAAUUUUGCGUUCAAUUUUUUUCUUAUUUGUUUUUCCUCGUUUUCCUUUUGGGGGCUUGGAGGGAUGAAGUUGUGCAGAUUCAAGGGGAAAAAAUUUCAGUGUUGUGGGUUGUUUUGACUUCUUUAUUGUUGAAUGUUGAAUAGAGACUGAAUUGAUUUGAUAGCUGAAGCCUUAUUUAGUGUUUGCUCGGGGAUUAAUUCACUCUAG